AUGAAGCCGCCAGUACGUGGUAAUAAAAAAGUAGCUGUUCAACCCGUUAUAGUUACUAAUAAUAAUAAAUUCACACCGAAAAUAUCAGAACGAACAGUACGAAGAAAACAAAAAGCAAGAGAUAGACAAUUAAAUCCAGGAAUUUUUCCUACUAAACUUAGUGUAUGUGGUUGUCUGUGUCUCUAUAUUUUUUUAAUUCUCUGUAUUGUUAUUGGAGCCGGCGGCAUAGUAUUAUGCGUUAUCUAUUUUAAUGCUGAUCAAAAUACACAAGUCUGGAAAAUAGUUGGAAUCGCACUUGGUGUUGUUGUAUGUUUAAUUGGUAUUAUUUUAAUUCUUCUUAGUAUAUUUAAGCAAACACGUGGUCGACCAUGGAAAUCGAAAAAAAGCGAGAUACUUGUCAAUAAUGAUAAUGAUUAUGUUGAUGAUAUUGAAGAUUUUGAUAGAAGUGAAUUUCGUGGUAAUAUUAUUAUUUAUGAUAAAAAUCAAACACGUGAAACUGCUUCAUCACCUAUACCAAAUUCAUUGUAUACAUCAAAACCAAUGUAUAAUAAUCCUAUGUAUCAACCAGAACAAGCAUCAGUUGCUAUUCAAACAACAGAAAAUAAAACACAUACAAUAAUUGAUCGAUCAAAAAAAUCUUCAAUGACAACUGAAACUCAAACAAAAUCAAGAUCAAAUACACCAGAUAGUGUAAUACUUCGACGUGUACCAAUUCCAACUACUAAAGUUGUUGUACAACAACCAGCUACCAAAGUUAUGAUUGUUCGAGUUCCAAAUAAAGCUGGUGAACUUAUUGUUCAACCAGUAGAUAUAACAUCUAAUGAAUAG